ACACUGGCGGGAGGCUGGAGUCGAUCCAGAUGUCGGCUGUGUCUCCGUCAGUGUGUAUAAGUGUUCUGAAAGAAGAUGACUCACCUUAAGGUUGGAGUACGAGUACGACCACUCUCUCGAAGAGAGUUCGAGGGCAAUUCCUCCACGAUUUUGGAAGUUGAGGACGAUGGGAAAACUGUGGCCGUGACGAAUAUCAAGGUACCCGAACAGAAUGCCGGCGACAGUCGCAAGCGCAUCAGAAGAUUCACCUUCGACUUCUGCUUGCACGAGAAUUCCACACAGGAUGAUGUGUUCCAAGCUAUUGAAAAUGUCAUCAGCAAAGCGAUCAAAAGGCGGUAUCAUUCAUGCGUUUUGGCCUAUGGACAAAGCUCCUCCGGAAAGACGCACACCAUGAUGGGGUUUCCGCACGAUCCAGGGGUCACACCCAAAUUGUGCCAAAAGGUAUUCGACUAUUUGCAAGAAAGUGCAGUGGGAAGCGAAAUGGAGAAGACAAAAGUAACCUGCAGUUAUUUGGAGAUAUACAAUGAGAAAGUGAGGGAUUUGCUGCUUAAGGAUGACACGUGCGCGCUCAGGAUAAGGCAACAUCCGAAGAAAGGACCUUACGUUCAAGGCCUGUCCUCGCACCCAGCGCCGGACUCCAGCACUCUUCUUCGCCUCCUCAGCACAGGCAACAGCAACCGUCGUGUGGGUGCCACCCUCACCAACCCUCAGUCCAGCCGCAGCCACUCCGUCUUCAUCAUCCAAUUCGACGAAAUCAAACUCACCCUCGUCGAUCUAGCCGGAAGUGAACGCACCGGAAACAGGUGCUACACCGCAUCCCGCUUCCGAGAGGGUGCUAACAUCAACAAAAGUUUAGUGGCCUUGGGGAACGUCAUCUCGGCCUUGGCCGAAGACACGGCCAAGAGCUCCAAGGGGAUCAGGAGGAGGUUUAUUCCGUUCAGGGAUUCGGUGCUGACAUGGCUAUUAAAAGACACGCUGGGAGGAAACUCCGACACUGUGAUGAUUGCGACUAUUUCUCCAUCCAGUGAGUGCUAUAGUGAGACGGUGAAUACUUUGAGGUUUGGGCAACGGGCCAAGCUAAUCGUGUCCAUUCCAGUCGUUAAUGAAGACCCCAAGGAGCGGACCAUCAGGGAGCUAAGAGCUGAAAUCGCAAGGCUCAGGGAGCUGCUCAGCCUGGGACAGUUCCAGAAACCCAUGUCUAACGAUAACCUUAACACCACCGAGAAACUCAUCCCUGUGAUGAGUUUCACUGAUUCCAACAAACCAGAACCCUCCCGUCUUCGACGCACCUCCAGCAUUGACCACCCCCUCAAAAAACCCAUUGUACCAACUCGCAAAUACAGCUCGGAGGAAGCUUUACGCAGAGCUAAACCACCCAAAAAUGAAAAGAGUAGUUUAGAACCCAAACCUAAAGUCGAGGCCAAAGUCGACUCAAUCCGACGAGCUCCAGUCAAACCACGAUCACAAAUCGUGGCAGCGGUCACACACCGACUUUACGCCAAAACCAAGAAAAAAGAAGUCGCGACUGACACUUCCGACCUACCAACAGGCCCCCCAAAAGAGUUGAGCAUUUGUUCAAAUGCUCGGCUCCAGCUGAAGGAACUGACAAGGCGGGCGCUUAAAGCACACAAAUUCCGAAAUGAGGAAACCCAAACGGAACUUUUCCCUGUUUUGAGAGUCAAAGAAACAUCGACUGAUGUCGACGACUUGAAAUCUCUGUUGUACGAAGUACGAGAUGUUGAAACUUCGACUGAAACUCUGCCAAUGGAAGACAAAGAAGUCAGUUGUGCGUUUCUUGACAGUUUGCAAAAUGCGUUUGUUGUGACGAAAAGUUGUGGUACUCAAGCCCAAGUCCAGUCGAGUGUUUCCUUCACUAAAUAUCUCCAAGAACCACCGAGAAUUGAAAUAUUCAACCCCCACACUGCCAAUCCGAUUUACACUUCUUCAGUCAAUAUCAACAUUUCGCACAAUUAUAUCAACGGGCGCAAAAUUACCGAAAGUGUUUCUGAUGAUAGUUUGGAUGACCAAUCAAAUGUUUGUUUCCCCACGCCUGAUUUAAUAAGUAACCACAACUCGUUAGAACCGUCGAAAGAAACUCUCGAGAGUAAAUUGCGUCAUGCGACUUCUAACACUCUCGAACAAGAGGAAGGUCUAGCAUUUGAUUUGGUGCAGGACAACCCCCAGUGUUUUGUUGCCAACACUUCCACGGUUCCAGAGUGUCAAGAACGUGUCAGUUGUGUUAACAUUCCGAGUAUUUAUGCUCCAGAAGUUUGCCACCAAGAGGAGACUCUCCAUAGAUGCGAGGUCUUCACUCCAGAAGUGCCAGAGAUGGCUAAACCCAAUGUAAUUCAUUCUAUGUGCUACAGCGACGAUUGUAUAACUCUAAUUGAGCCUUUGGUGUUGAAAUCAAUCAUGAAGCACAUCCCUGAAGGAAGCAUACAACCGGAGGAUCUUCCAGACUCACUGGAGUAUCACAUGGCAAACUCCAAGAAAGUCCAUUUUAAUAAAUCUGGAACCUGUCAAAAUGACCGCAUGAUGAAAGCCAUGUCCGAUUUUCUGGAAGAAGCAACUAUUUUGAUGAACAAUUUGUCGAAGGCUGCGAUUCAGGACCAGGAACGUGAAUACGACGUCCAGGUCUCCAUUAAUGGUUUGGUGGAACAACAAAAACGAAGGAGGAAGAGACGAGUCCUCAAGAACGUUAAAUGUCAAACUGAAGAAGCAGCGACGAAAUCGAAUUGCAUUCAAACUGAGGAUGACUUGGACCUUACCAACAAGUAUGAGUUACUGUUGGAGGAUUCUUGCCGAAGACUAGAAGAAAAAAUUGCUGCCGCCACCGAAGAAAGCAUUUACAAUCCGUGGGAUUUGUAUCACCAUGAAGACACAAGUCUGGAGAGCAAUCCCGUCACUUUCUCGGACUAUGGAAGCUUGCCCAGACGCAAAAAGAGAUACACUUCGUGUACCCCCAGCGCGUAUUUGAGACAGCUGGCGAGUAUGAGACGGCAAGUGGUCGAAGCCUCGCGUGAGGAACUUUCAAAUCACAGCGACAGUGUUUCGUAACAAUAAUAUUGGCAAGUAAUUGUAUGAACUUUUAUUACCAUAUUUAUACAUUUUUUUAUUUAUUUAUUAAUAAAUAAUCAUGAGGUUUCUAUUUUACAAAAAUACAA